CUCGGCCGGACGCGGCCGCCCUCGGAUCGGCCACCGCUGGGCGCUGCGGCCGCCCCGCCUGCUGCACGCUCCCGCCCCGCCCCCGCCGCCGCCGCCCGGUCGGUCGGUCAGUCAGUCAGUCAGUCAGUCACGGUGCGCGCGGCGCGGGAGCUGCGGGCGCUCACGGCGUCUCCGGGGAAGGAGCGCCGCGCCUGAGGCGGCGGCGGCGGCGGCGGCGGGAGCGGCGGCUGCCCAGCCCUGGGCCGCUGGAGGAUCGAGCAGCUGCCGCGAUGGAUCAGUUAUCAGAUGAAGAAAUUGACCAUGGUGCUGAAGAAGACAGUGAUAAGGAAGAUCAGGACCUGGACAAAAUGUUUGGAGCCUGGCUAGGGGAGCUAGACAAACUCACUCAGAGUUUGGAUUCUGACAAGCCCAUGGAACCAGUAAAAAGAUCUCCUCUUCGUCAGGAAACAAAUAUGGCCAAUUUUUCUUAUCGCUUCUCCAUAUACAACCUGAAUGAAGCUCUGAAUCAGGGAGAAACUGUGGAUCUGGAUGCCCUGAUGGCCGAUCUUUGCUCCAUAGAGCAGGAGCUCAGCAGUAUUGGUGCAGGAAAUAGUAAGCGUCAAAUCACAGAAACAAAACCCACUCAGAAAUUACCUGCCAGCCGACAUACAUCAAAACAUGGCACUUUGAAAGGAUUGUCUUCUUCAUCUAACAGGAUAACUAAACCAUCACAUGCCAACUACUCCCUGGAUGACAUCACUGCACAGUUAGAACAGGCUUCCUUGAGCAUGGAUGAGGCUGCUCAGCAAUCUGUACUGGAGGAUACUAAGCCCUCAGUAACUAAUCAGCACAGAAGAACAGCAUCAGCAGGCACAGUGAGCGAUGCUGAAGUGCGCUCUAUUAGUAACUCCUCUCGUUCCAGCAUCACCUCUGCAACCUCCAGCAUGGAUUCUUUGGAUAUUGAUAAAGUAACACGCCCUCAAGAACUGGAUUUGACACAUCAGGGGCAGCCAGUUACUGAGGAAGAACAGGCAGCAAAAUUGAAAGCUGAGAAGAUCAGAGUUGCCCUGGAGAAAAUUAAAGAGGCACAAGUGAAAAAGUUGGUGAUUAGAGUCCACAUGUCUGAUGAUAGUUCUAAAACAAUGAUGGUGGAUGAGAGGCAGACAGUGAGACAAGUGCUGGAUAACCUAAUGGACAAAUCCCACUGCGGUUAUAGUUUAGACUGGUCGCUGGUAGAAACCAUCUCUGAAUUACAAAUGGAGAGAAUCUUUGAAGACCACGAAAACUUGGUUGAAAAUCUUCUUAAUUGGACAAGAGAUAGCCAAAACAAGCUUGUAUUUAUGGAACGUAUAGAAAAAUAUGCACUUUUCAAAAACCCACAGAAUUACCUUCUGGGGAAAAAGGAAACCGCUGAGAUGGCAGAUAGAAACAAAGAAGUGCUAUUAGAGGAAUGUUUUUGUGGAAGUUCUGUAACUGUACCAGAAAUUGAAGGAGUCCUGUGGUUGAAAGAUGAUGGCAAAAAGUCCUGGAAAAAGCGUUAUUUUCUCUUGCGAGCAUCUGGUAUCUACUAUGUCCCUAAAGGAAAAGCAAAGGUCUCUCGGGAACUGGUAUGCUUUCUCCAACUGGAUCAUGUCAAUGUUUAUUAUGGACAGGACUACCGGAACAAAUACAAAGCACCUACAGAUUAUUGUCUGGUGCUAAAGCACCCACAGAUCCAGAAGAAAUCUCAGUACAUCAAGUACCUUUGUUGUGAUGAUGUGAGGACCCUGCAUCAGUGGGUCAAUGGUAUCCGCAUUGCAAAGUACGGGAAACAGCUCUACAUGAACUAUCAAGAAGCCCUGAAGAGGACAGAGUCGGCUUAUGAUUGGACUUCCUUAUCCAGCUCCAGCAUUAAAUCAGGAUCCAGUUCUUCAAGCAUCCCAGAGUCUCAGUCAAAUCAUUCUACUCAAUCUGACAGUGGAGUAUCUGAUACUCAGCCAGCAGGACAUGUCCGCUCCCAGAGUAUUGUGAGCUCCAUCUUCUCUGAAGCCUGGAAACGUGGUACUCAGUUGGAAGAGUCCAGCAAGGCCAGAAUGGAGUCUAUGAAUCGACCCUACACUUCACUUAUGCCCCCUUUACCCCCACAGCCCAAGCUGGUCACCCCCUACACUGCCUCACAGCCUUCCCCGCCUCUACCACCCCCGCCCCCACCCCCCCCUCCCCCCCCCCCACCUCCCCCACCUCUGCCCAGCCAGUCGGCACCUUCAGCUGGCUCAGCAGCCACCAUGUUCGUCAAGUACAGCACAAUAACCAGGCUGCAGAACGCUUCUCAGCACUCAGGACCCCUGUUCAAGCCUCCGCCGCCCUCAGUGAUGCAGUCUCUGGCCUCCACCUCCCAGUCAGGAAAGCCUCAGAUCCUGGUGCCCCCCAGUGGGGUCGUUCCCCCGCCCCCACCCCCGCCCCCUCCCCCCACCCCGGGCUCAGCUAUGGCCCAGCUCAGACCGGCACCCUGUACCCCAUCCCUCCCACAGUUCAGCCCUCCACCUCCUCCACUGAAGAUCCAUCACGUUCAGCAUGCCACUCAGGUGGCCCCUCCGACGCCCCCACCACCCCCUCCUGUCCCUGCACCCCUCCCUCCCCAAGCGCCCCCCAAACCCCUUGUGACGAUGCCCCCACCGACCAGCACCAAGACUGUGCCCCCUGUUAUGACACAGGCUGUGCCACCCACACCUGCUCCUCCAGCCCCCCCAGCAAAAAAGCAGCCAGCUUUUCCUGUGUCCCAUAUCGCACCCUCUCCCCCUGCUCCUCCUGGUCCAGUCCCCCCACCCACGUUACCCAAGCAGCAGAGCUUCUGCGUAAAACCACCUCCCUCUCCACUGUCUCCGGUGCCCUCAGUCGUGAAGCAGAUAGCCAGCCAGUUUCCGCCCCCUCCAGCCCCUCCUCCCGUGGAGCAGCCCUUCAGGCCUCCCUCCGCACAUGUGGCCCCACAGUCCCCUCCUGCUGUGAGAGCGAAACCCAAGUGGCAGCCGAGCUCCAUCCCUGUCCCCUCUCCGGAUUUCCCCCCUCCUCCUCCUGAGAGCAGCCUGGCGUUUCCCCCUCCUCCUCCCCCCCCUCCCCCCCCCCCCCCCUCCCCCCCCCCGCCCUCAGCUUCUCCUGCCUCCGACAAAAGUGGAUCUCCAGGCAAAAAGACCAGUAAGACAUCCAGCCCCGGGGCAAAGAAACCUCCCCCAACCCCACAGCGAAACUCCAGCAUUAAGUCCAGCAGUUGCACCGAGCACCCUGAGCCCAAGAGACCCUCAGUAGACAGUCUAGUGAGCAAGUUUGCAUCGCCAGCAGAACCCUCAGGAUCUCCCAGCAAAGAGAGCCCACCACCUCCGGCGGCGCCCCCCAAACCCGGAAAACUAAAUCUUUCUGGAGUUAACCUUCCUGGAGUUCUCCAGCAGGGGUGUGUGUCGACAAAAACAUCUGUCCUGAGUGGGCGCGGAAAGGACUCUGUGGUAGAAUUUCCUUCUCCUCCAUCCGAUUCCGACUUUCCACCCCCUCCACCUGAAAUAGAGCUUCCUCUGCCCCCCAUAGAGAUUCCAGCUGUAUUCUCGGGAAACACCUCUCCAAAAGUGGCAGUCGUUAAUCCUCAACCACAGCCAUGGUCCAAAACAUCAACGAAGAAGGCCCCUCCACCCACACGACCCAAACGGAACGACAGCACCCGCCUCACUCAAGCAGAGAUCUCUGAGCAGCCAGCAAUGGCCACAGUUGUGCCGCAAGUGCCCACCUCUCCCAAGUCCAGCCUUAGUGUCCAGCCUGGAUUCCUCGCCGACCUCAACAGGACACUGCAACGCAAGUCCAUCACCCGGCAUGGUUCGCUCUCCUCCUCCCGCAUGUCCAGAGCGGAACCCACGGCCACCAUGGAUGAUAUGGCAUUGCCGCCGCCCCCCCCGGAACUGCUUUCUGAUCAGCAGAAAGCCGCUUACGGAGGUAGUCAUAUAUCGGGCUAUGCAACAUUGCGGAGAGGACCCCCUCCCGCACCCCCGAAGAGAGACCAGAACACCAAGCUCUCGAGGGACUGGUAGUAGCUACUGCAGGACUUGGUUUUCAUGGUAUCUGUAAUCAGUUCUACAAUCAGCUCACCUGACACCUACGACCUCUGGUGUUCAGAGCCUCCUAGUAUGAUGUUGUUCAGGUAGUAUCCAGCUGUACGUGUGUGUACGUGUGCGUGGACACGCAUGGCUAUACAUGUACGGACAGUGUGUGUGUGUACAUAGCUGAGAGUGAGUGAGUAUUCCUUUGCUCUCCUGACCUGAAUAUGGGUUUGCGUAUUUUGGUGGAAGAGGCAUGGAAGGGGAUGCGUGUCCUGUCCCUUACGAUUUCUGUUACCUGCCACGUGGAUUGGACCAAAAACUUCUAAUCACUGACUUAGAAGGCAUUUCAUAAGUGUUCAUGUGCAGCCUCUCUGUGCAUGUUGUGUAUUAUAUAUUAAGGAAUAGAUGUAUUAUGUGCUGUUUCUCAGUUUGCGAAGACAGCAGAGUGUUUGGUGUAUCGAUGGGACUCUUGUGUUUGUUUCUUCCCCAGUUGGCUGAAGUUCGAACUGCUUGGCUGACACUUCAUCACUUAUACAUGAAGGGGCACUUUAAAUCAGGAAACUGUCAGCGUCAUGGGUGGGUCACUAGUGCAGAAUGGGGAAGUUUCCACAGAUGCUGUGUCCGUCCGCGGUUGUGCAUAGGAAGUAAACACACGAUGGAACUAAACCAUUCUAGUUGUAGUGCCGCCAUGAUCCCACCUGUAUCUAGGAUGUGUUCUGUCACAGGUAAGCUCUUUGCCUACAGUACAUGGAUGAUUUAGUACUGCAAUCCUGGAUAGUUCUUUUUGUACUGUUGGAAUCUUUUCCAUGAGCUUUGCGAAGCCUCAUCAAGCUUGGCUUCGUGAUUCUUGUUUUGAUUUGUCAUAAGGGAAUAUCUGACACAAUACCCCUGGAAUGCCCUGUCCCAGUAUGUUUUUGGGUCACCAGUUAUCUUAUAGUGUGUGCUUUAGGUAGAUGUUGAUAGUAGAGAUCUGUAGACAAUUGCUCUAUCAAAUAUACACAUCCCAUGUCCGAUACAGUGCAUCAUUACAAAAACAAAAUUAGCUUCUGAAUUGCGUCUUUUUUGUGUGUUGCUCUAGAAUGGGUGAUUAGGAAAGAAGCAGGACUGCCCCCUGUGCAGGUAUCAUUUGUCAGGUUGUGUAUGGACUGUAGUGUAUAACAGAGAAUCCACUGGAGUAUGGGACUCUCCCAGAGGAAGGGGAAAAGGGAGGUUUUUGACCAUUUCAUCCUUAGCUACUAGAGCACACUCGGAUUCUUGCUUGCUGUGGCCUGGUUGUGGAGAUUUGUCCAGGUUCCCGGGUGUUCUGGUGGAGUAGUGUAGUCCAAGUACAGUGAAUGACAUUACAUAUUCUGCAUGUGCAGUUUGGUAUAAAAUGGAAUCAUUGCUCUAAUGACACACUACAUUCUCUAUGCUUCACACUACGCUUAACACCUUUGUUGUUGUUGUUCUGUGAAUUUUCCUUGGUAUAUGAGAGAAAUAUGUACUGUCUCAUCAGUUUAUGAUGAUGAAGUGACCAUUACAAAUAAAAUGCAAUCUCAGAGCUGCUCUUAAACAAUAAAAACUAGCCAUCCCAGCAGUGAUAUACACGAGCACAUCUUGUAAUCAAAGUCUCUACCUGUCGUGAAUAAGAAUUACCAGUGCAAACUGCAAAAAUCUUUGACAUUGUCCCAUAAGAAAAAAGUGAAGCCAGUGCAGUGGGGCAGAGAUAGUAAAGAAUUUAAGAAUAAGCUAAAGUUGUACUAUAUACACAAGAUACUCCUAUAAACCCACCUCCAAAAAAAGGACUGCAUCAGAAUAUGAAGUGGCACCUCUCCAUUGCCUAGAUCUCUAGGAUAUUAUUCAGCAGUUCCUGUGCUUAUAGAGCAAUAAGAAUAUGUACCAUUGUGCAUUUUUUAAAGCCCUGCUCUUUAAAAGAUACUUUUUGGAUCUUCUCAUUUGUUCUCAAACUUUGUGCGCUUGAUAUUUUUAGGCUUAUGAAGUGACCUUUAACACGUCGGCACUGUUAAUUUAGGCACGCACAGCAAUUUUGGUAAUGGUUGAGCACAGAUGGCCAAGCUCCGCUGUAACUUGUGAGUGAAGUAAUUUCCCACAGUUCUGCCUGCUGCCUGCACUUUUAUAUUCUAAGGAUCACCCUUAUUUGUCAGGUAAAGUGAUUAAUAGGAAUCCAGUGAUAGAAAUAUUCAUCACUAGGGUUUUUGUGGUGGUGAUGGUCUUUAUUUUAUAUGAAGGUGGACUUCAACUUUCCUGGAGGGGAAAAACAAUAAUAUUCCCUCAGUCUUCCUUCACCCAUGAUUUGGGCCCUAAGAUGCAGCCUUGCUUUAGUCAGUGUGGGGUUCCCUAGGACUUCUUGGCUUGUGUCAGUCCUGACAGCCAUCCAAACUGAUGCUCCCACGUUAUCACUUUCCUGAAAGAGCAGACAUCCUUUAGAACGCUUGCAGCACCAAGAGGAGAGCUGUGUUGUUUAUGCCCGAAUCCCAGGGCUUGUCUCCAACAGGUGGUUUUCUUUUACGUUUCUCCAAAGACAGAAAAGGCUAUUAUUAAUCAACUUUUCCCCCCUUUGUUUUAUGUGAAACACUGAAUCAAAAAAACCCACAAAAUAAUACAUUAGAUUAUACUUCUAGCUUUUUACUCCCUAGUGGGAUUUUUGUUGGGAUGAAGUUGUGUGGAGUUCCUUUGAGAUGACUGUUAACUUUUGGAACUUCUCUCUGGUGUGUUAUUGGAGAACACGGACUGCCUUCUUCCACUGCCGUCUGCUCAGAAGCCUUCCAACCCCAUGUAUCUGCUUCUGGUCAGAGAAGAACAUCUGGGCAGCUGACUUGGCUGUACUGAGAAGUGAAUAGCGUGCUGUCGAGGGCAGUGCAAACAGGCGCCUGUUUCAGCUAGUGACUUGGUUAAUAAGUGACACCCUCCACUCCUACCACAGAUCAUUUCAGAAUUGGUGAUCACCCGGUGCUUAAGGUUUGGGUACUAAUUCUGAAGGGUAGCAGAGCCUAUUCUGUUAAUAAAUGACAUAGGGACACCCGGGUGGCUCAGUCGUUAAGCGUCUGCCUUCGGCUCAGGUCAUGAUCCCAGGGUCCUGGGAUCCAGCCCCGCAUCGGGCUCCCUGCUCCUCGGGAAGUCUGCUUCUCCCUCUCCCACUCCCCCUGCUUGUGUUCUUGCUCUCGCUGUCUCUGUCAAAUAAAUAAAAUCUUUAAAAAACAAACAAAAAAAAACGACAUAGGUUCUAGGUAAGAAUAUAAAUGCUAGACUCAUUGAAAUUUUAUUCAGCUGCGUUUUUACUACUCAAACACAUUAUUUCUUCAGCUGCUAUAAUAUUCCCUUAGGAUAGGUAUUCUUAUGGCUUUUAUAGGACCCACCUAACUGUAAAUUGGAUUUUUUUUUUCAUUUCUGGGACUUUUUAAGAUGAGAAAGAUUGGUGACUUAAAAAUUACAGGAAAUAAUUUUCACCAGAAAAUGUCAAAGUAACGUAGACGUGCCGGUGUUUUACAGCCCUCUAAAAUCAAAGUGCUCCUGCCCACUGGCGGCAUAUACUCCGCUAAGGGCCACGAACUAUCCUGGAAGUCCUCUCUCUGAAAGUUUACUUGCCACUAAAAAGUGCUGAGUUUAUCAAGAAAGUUUAUAGACAAAAUUGGGAGAUCAUGAAUAAAUAACUCCAAUACAGUGACAGCUGAGAUCAAGGUUAAUAGCAGCUGUGCAUCCAGUUAGUUUCAGAAGCUGCUCUUCUAGGAGAAUACAACCGCUAAUAAGCUUGUGUCAAGGAUGUAAGGUAAUGAAAUAGCCUGGAAAAAAAAGUGUCAGGUAAUGGUAUGGACCGGUUUUAUUUGACUAUCAAGCCACCAACAGAACCCUUUGUCACCUUUUUUUCUUCUGCUAAAAGCAAUUUGUUACAAACACGAGGUGAAUUUAAACAAAAAACCUUUCUCCUAGUUAAUUUUUCAUAUACCUUCAAGAGCUAACAAAUUACAACUGAUAACAGUAUCUCAGAUUUUAUUCAAGUUUAGACCAGUUAAAAACCUGUAUGGCCCUAUAUGAUUAUAGGUGUAAUGAUUUGCUUUAGGUAUAAUAAUUUGGAUUUCUACACUUGAGAAGAUGUCUGUUUCUAAAACUCCCUUUUAGGUUGCCAGUACCUUUUGGCACUUUGGCUUUUGCUUAUACACUUUACAUCAAUGUGGGUUAUCCCUAGCCCUACAGGAAUAUGUACUCACUCACCAAGUUGAGAUUUGAUGCACAGAGAGAUGCAAGUACAAUGAAAUAUCCUUUUUUUUUUUUAAGAUUGAUUUUCCUUUAAAAAUUCAGUAGAACAUUUCUACACUUUUAACCAGUCUAUCCCUCCAACUAAAUAAGUGCUCUGUUCUUACUGUGCCCUUGGAAGGUCUAUAUGUAAAAGAAACCUGAAAAUAAGCUGUAGAAUAAAUUUGCUAAAUAACAAUAUACUUGAUAAACACAUUAAGGGGAAAAAAUCUCCAAUUUGUUUGCUCUUUGCUGAAGAGAAGACACUAUCUGCUAUAAUCCCCAGUGCCUUGAACUCUUUUGGAGGAAUAGCAUUUAAAAAAUAUCCAACAAGCAAACUUUGAGGUGCUAAUGAAAGAGAAGGAAGAUGAGUAUUUGUAGUUUGUGCAGAAAUAGAGAAAGUGUCUGUCUCACAAGAGAUGGCUUUCAUCUACCUGAAUGGGGUCUGGCCGUUUUCUACCAAAGACAUUUAGAGAAGUGAGUCGAGUCAGGGUGAUGGCAAUUACUACAUAUUAAAAGAUGGCUAAGUUCAGAAGUGACCCUGUUGAUCACAGAUGGCUAUUAAUACCAAGCUCUUAACUGUUGAAGCCUCAACCUCUUCUUAGGCAGAACACGCUUGCAGCACUUACAGAAAGUCUUUGCAUUUUGGGAACUGUCCAUUGUCUGUCAGAUUUAUUGUAACCUAAUACCAAAAACUGCCAUUUUUCAUGAUUCCUACUUCCUAUAUAUUUUUUUUCUUCUUGUAAAUAAUCCCUCCUAGAAAAUAAGCAUUAACUAGAAAAUAAGCAUUAACUGGAAUGUUUCAAAUGAUUUUGCUUAAUUUUACCAUUUGCCACUAGUGAACUCCUUUUAUAGAAAUGUACAUUUACAAUAUCAUUAGCUUGUGCUAAAUGUUGUAAAAACACUGUUUACUGUUUUAAAGGAAAGUUGCACAUAUUUAACUGGGAUUGCUCCUUUUCCCAUUUCUUGAAAAAAUGGAGUCAAGGCUUACACUGUUAUCUAGGCUGUGGGAGCUUUGCCAUAGAUAGAUAGAUACAAUGUAGGAAUAUAGUUUUUUAAAGCAUGAAAAGAAGGCAAAAGGAACUGCAUUAUAAAGUACCUAAUAGAGAACAUUAUUCAAGAUUAUGAUUAUGCACAGCUCGGUAAAGGUGAAGUUACAGUUUUUCUUUCAGCUUUGUUGCUAUUUUCUUCUGCUUAAAUGUACGCUCUCAUUUCAUUAUGUGCCUUGCUCCCUGAUUGUGCAAACCUAUAUAUAGAUAUAUAUAGAUAUAUAUAUGAAAGAGAGAUAUAUUCAGUACUACUGACAAUGUUUUUUUGUUUUUUUUUUUGUUGUUCUACUGCUGGAUUAAGUUAUUUUCCAAAUUACCAGUUACUGUCGGUGAACUAUUGUAACGGCUUAGGACAGUAGUCAUACAGUGUAAAUUUUUGUUUGUGUUUUCAUUAUGUCUGCUUACCCAAUCCUUAAUAAAAAGAAUACAUAGAUUU